AGUCUCAUAGUUAAAUUUAUUCUUGUGGUACACGUUAUGAAAACACACAAAAUAAAAGUAAAAAAUCUGUUCACCGUGAAAAAGGAGGAUCGAUUUGGCCUCAUAGGACAUGCAGAAGGAUAAAAAUUUAUUCUUCGAAUGAGAUGUCAUUUGCCUGUAUGGACAUCAGAUAUCAACAAAUCGAUACCUACUGUGUGAAGUGUGUGAUGUUAUGAAACACAGUCAUUGCACAGCCUUAAACGGUUUGGUCUACCGUUUUUAAUUAGCCUGAAUUAGCAUAUGUUUGCAUUUCACGACAGAAUAUCAAAGAACCAAAGAGUUUCAAUUUAGAAUUUAUUGCUCACGUUUCAAAGUGGCCGUCCUGAAGCCGUCGGCAGUUUGUGCACGUAUGAGUCGGGAGCGCUAAUUUGGUCAGGUGUAAUCUACGAGCAUGGCACCAGUUAUUCGUUCAUUCUACAAAGACGCAACGGUAUUGAUUUGCGGUGCCACUGGCUUUCUUGGCCAAAUCCUGCUGGAGAAAAUUCUCAGAGUGUUGGAGCCGCGAAAAGUGUAUCUGCUGAUACGCAGGAAGAAGGGGUUCGAUGUACAACAACGACUUCAUAAGCUGAUGGAGGGAGUGGUGUUUGAUCGAGUUCGAUCGCUGCCUAUUGUGUCCAAGGUGCAGGCAAUCGAAAUGGAUAUGACUCAACCAGACUUAGGCUUGAAUAUCGAGAAUCGACACUGUCUCGUAGAAGAAGUCCAUGUAGUGUUCCAGCUCGCUGCGAGCGUAAACUUCAUGACUCCAUUGGAAAGAAUUCUGAAAGAGAACGUUCAAUACAAUCUUCAUCUGUACAAUUUAGUGAGAGAAAUGAAAAACUUACGGAUAGCGAUGCAUGUAUCCACGCUGUUUUCCAACUGUGACCGAAAGGUUAUACUGGAAAAGGUUUACAGUGAUGUGGGGUUUGGAGGGUACGACUCCAUUGCAGAACAUCUAAGUAAGUUGGAUGAACAAGAAAAAGACUCCGUGACACCGAUGAUAAUCAAGCAACAUCCGAACAACUACACGUUUUCGAAGAAAUGUAUCGAAGCUAAGCUACAGCAGGCGUUCUCCGAUAUACCUAUUGGAAUAUUCAGACCCCCUUCCAUUAACGCAACCUAUGAAGAACCUCUCGCCGGAUGGGUGAACAAUCUGUAUGGUUACGCUGGAUACACAGUUCCUGUAAUUAUUUGGCUGUAUAGUGCUUAUUUCAUUGAUGAUUCUACAACACCUCAGUUUGCCCCGGUUGACUACUGUGCAAAUGCUUUACUGCUGUGCGCAGUUGAUGUGGCAAAGAACUUUAAACACAACCAGCGUGAAAUUCCAGUCUUCAACUACGCGGACAACGGAUUACCUACAUUGAAAGAUAUUUUUAACUAUUCAAUUGCAACAUUACCAUGGCCACGGAAUUUCAUUUAUCGUUACUUUAUGAUCACCUGUACAACCAACGAGAUUCGGUAUCGUCUGGGGGUGAAGAUGAUGCUUGCCCACGCCUCGAUUCUUGAUCGGGUCUGGAUUUGGAGAGGUUAUCCCGGCGGUGUACGGAAAGGCAUCGAACGAGCGUUGCAAAUGAUGGAUAAAACUCGACUGGUGGGAACAACGACUUGGGAUGUGGAAGCGGUCAAUAUCAAACGAAUUCAGCAGGAUCUGGAUGAGGAGGAAAAAGCGAUUUUUCAGUGCGAUUUAGGGAAUGUGAACUGGGAACGCCAUUACAGGGAUUAUGUGCAGGGGAUCAGGAAAUACGUGCUAGGGGCAAUGAGAAGUAAACUGUAAUUUGUUAAAACGUCUCAAGGAAUUAACUACUUCAAAGUCUAACUGUUUGCACAAAAACGAUAAAAAAUCGCGUGAAAUAAAUAUAAAUCGCCCAAAACUUUUCGA